GCUCCUGGUGUAGACGGAAAUCCAACCACAAACCAGGCCCAGAUAGAUGUCUCUUUUCCCUUGACUAGGCCUGAAUGGGAUUUCAACACGGCAGAAGGUAAGGAGAGGCUCUUGGUCUACCGUCAGACUCUAAUGGGAGGUCUCCACAGGGCUGCUAGAAAGCCCACCAAUUUGACCAAGGUAGGGAACGUACAGCAGGAAAGAGAUGAGUCUCCAGCUUCCUUUCUAGAACGGAUCAUGGAGGCAUAUCGCACCUAUACCCCCAUGGAUCCAGAAGCCCCUGAGAAUAAGGCAGCUGUAAUCAUGAGUUUUAUAAACCAGUCAGCCACAGACAUUAGAAAGAAACUGCAGAGAAUAGAUAGAUUAGGAGAAAAGAGUUUACAGGUUUUACUGGUAGUAGCAGAGAAGGUGUUCAAUAACCGAGAGCCCCCUGAGGAUAGGCAAGCCCGCGCCAUGGUGGCUGCCAGCGACAAGCAGACUCGAAACCUGGCCAAGAUUCUGCUAGCCACCACCAUGGAGUCCCCUGAGGAGCAGACCCGCCGCCUUCGCCAGCUUGCUGAUGGCCAAGAAAGAGGUAAGGGAACUGCCCGGGGCGGGAAAAAGAAGCUGCAACAGAACCAGUGUGCUUACUGCAAAGAGAUAGGGCACUGGGUCCGAGAAUGCCCAAAGAAGGCCGGUAAAAAGGGGAACAAGACAGACCGGGUGGAGGUCUUGGAGCUGGAAGAACUGAGUGAUUAGGGAAGUCGGGGUUCGGACCCCCUCCCCGAGCCCAGGUAACUCUUAGAGUGGAGGGGACGCCUGUUGACUUCCUUGUCGACACUGGAGCACAACAUUCGGUUCUCCGCACACCUCAGGGGAAGCUAGCUAAUAAAAAGUCCUGGGUUCAAGGGGCAACUGGCAUGAGCCAGUAUUCAUGGACUACCCGAAGAACAGUAGAUCUAGGAACGGGCCGGGUAUCCCAUUCCUUCAUGGUAAUACCAGAAUGCCCCUACCCCCUAUUAGGAUGGGACUUGCUAACCAAGAUUGGAGCCCAAAUAACCUUCAGACAAGG